AUGGUCGUCUUCAGCAAAGUCACGACCGUCGCGCUUGGUCUGUCCACCGUUGCGUCCGCUCUGCCCGGACCCAAGACUCGCAAGGGCUUCACCGUCAACCAGCUGGUGGCCCCCAAGUCUCAUUCUCGGAGCAUCAACAUCCCAGGCAUCUACGCCAGCGCCUUGAACAAGUAUGGCGCCACUGUGCCGCAGCAUAUCAUGGAUGCGGCCAGCAGCGGCAGCGUCGUGACCACCCCCGAGGAAAACGACGCCGAGUACUUGACCCCCGUGAACGUCGGCGGCACGGUCAUGAACCUGGACUUUGACACCGGCUCCGCGGAUCUCUGGGUCUUCUCGUCCGAGCUCUCCGCCCAGGAGCAGUCCGGCCACGCCGUCUACAAGCCCGCCGGCAACUCCACCAAGAUGGACGGCUACACCUGGAAGAUCUCCUACGGCGACGGCAGCGGCGCCAGCGGCAACGUCUACAAAGACACCGUCUCCGUGGGCAGCGUCACCGCGCACGGCCAGGCCGUCGAAGCCGCCCAGCAGAUCAGCCAGCAGUUCAUGCAGGACCGCAACAACGACGGUCUCCUGGGUCUGGCCUUUAGCUCGAUCAACACGGUCCAACCCAAGCCGCAGACCACCUUCUUCGACACCGUCAAGUCCGAGCUGGACGCCCCGCUCUUCGCCGUCAGCCUGAAGUAUCACGCGCCCGGCUCGUACGACUUCGGCUUCAUCGACAAGACCAAGUUCACCGGGUCGCUGGCCUACGCCGACGUCGACAACAGCGAUGGCUUCUGGAAGUUCACCGCGGACGGCUACGCCGUCGGCGACGGCGCGGCCAGCUCCAGCGCCAUCAGCGGCAUUGCUGGUACGUCCUCAUCCCCCCAAGAUCAGAUCAUAUACAACCUCACAGGAACGCGUAACUAA